CAGCGGGGGACGCGGCCAGAGCCCGGGGAAGCUGCUGCGGGGGCGAUGGCCGCGCCGAGCCCGGGGCCCCGCGAGGUCCUGGCCCCCUCCCCAGAGGCUGGACACAGAGCUGCCACCUCGAGCUCUGGCCACCGUGGCCUCCUCUGGCGUCUACGAGACAAGCAGUCUCGCUUAGGCCUGUUUGAGAUUGGCCCAGGGCAUGAGCUGCACCAGCUGACGUGUAUGAUGCAGGCAGGGCUGUGGGCUGCCACUCAAGUGUCCAUGGACCACCCGCCCACGGGGCUGCCCACGGAGGAGGAUUUCUCUGAGGUCCUGACCCAGGUUCACGAGGGCUUCGAGCUGGGCACCCUGGCUGGCCCCGCCUUCGCCCGACUGCGGCGCUCCCUAGGGCUGGCAGAGGAGGACUAUCAGGCUGCGCUGGGCCCCGGCGGCCCCUACCUGCAGUUCCUCAGCACCUCCAAGAGCAAGGCCAGCUUCUUCCUGUCCCACGACCAGCGCUUCUUCCUGAAGACCCUGCGGCGCCGGGAGGUGCGGGCGCUGCUCGCCCACCUGCCCCGCUACGUGCAGCACCUGCAGCGGCACCCACACUCGCUGCUUGCGCGGUUGCUGGGAGUGCACAGUCUGCGGGUGGCCCGGGGAAAGAAGAAAUACUUCAUCAUCAUGCAGAGCGUCUUCUAUCCCACCGGCCGCAUCUCCGAGAGGUAUGACAUCAAGGGCUGCGAGGUGAGCCGCUGGGUGGAGCCCGCCCCUGAGGGCAGCCCCCUUGUCCUGGUGCUGAAAGACCUCAACUUUCAGGGCAAGACCAUCAACCUGGGGCCCCAGCGGAGCUGGCUCCUCCGCCAGAUGGAACUGGACACCGCCUUCCUCCGGGAGCUCAACGUGCUGGAUUACAGCCUCCUGAUGGCCUUUCAGCGUCUCCAUGAGGAUGAGCGGGGCCCAGGCAGUAGCCUCAUCUUCCGCACAGCCAGGUCUACGCGAGGGGUACAGAGCCUGGAGGAGCCAGAAGCCCAGAACCGCCGGCUGCUGCCCGACGCCCCCAAUGCCCUACACAUCCUGGACGGGCCAGAGCAACGCUAUUUUCUGGGCCUCGUGGACCUCGCCACAGUCUACGGGCUCCGCAAGCGGCUGGAGCACCUCUGGAAGACGCUGCGCUAUCCAGGCCGGACCUUCUCCACCGUCAGCCCAACUCGCUACGCCCGUCGCCUCUGCCAGUGGGUGGAGGCGCACACCGAGUGACCGGCGCCCAGCCGCGCUCUCCCCACCGGGACAAUGGUCGCCCGCUGGGGACGCGGGUUCCAGCCUGGCCCGGGCAGCGGGUCGGGCUCUCCUCGCCUGUUGUUCCUCCACUUGGCCUCCAGAGGGCAGCAUCCCC